AUGAGAAUAACAGUUCCUUUCUUACUGGAUUUCUGUUAUGAUUUUGAAGAUAAAUUCCUGCAAACCUCUGGCCCUGCCCUUAAUUCAUUUGAAUGCCAAAUAUUAGUUGUUGGCUGUGAUUGGGAGCCUUUAAAUUGGUUCAGACUGGCGUCCAUCCUGCAAAGGAUUUUGGAGGCUCCCCCGGGGGAGUUUUGGGCGGAAGAGGCCACCGUUGAGAGGCGUGUUGACGCAGCCGCAGUCCUACAGACGCCGUUCGCGUGCCGGCAGAAACGGAGAGUUGAUUCUGCUGAUCUUGUUUCUGGACCUACUAUGUCUCAGUUGGAAACUCUGAACCUCAAUAACGAGAAUUAUUUCACAUACAUGCUCAAUGAUGUUAUAAGCUGUGGCAAGAAUGGGAGUUUUCAUAUUACUGGAGUGCAGAUCAUUUUUACCCCCCUUGUAUAUGUUGUAGCUGAAGUGCAGUCCUCGAAACGUACAUCCAGCCAGGUUACUCCUUUGCUUAAAACCUGUUUGUUUUGGGGUACUGAGGAUGCAUUGUUAAAAAACCAAAGACGGGCACAACGAUUACUUGAAGAAAUUCAUGCUAUGAAGGAAUUGAAACCAGAUGUAGUAACUAAAUCUGCUCUUGGUGAUGAUAUAAACUUUGAAAAAGUCUGCAAAAAGCCAGAUUCUACUGCAACUGAAAGAGCUGUUGCCAGACUAGCGAUACACCCGCUUCUGAAGAAAAAAAUAGAUAUGCUAAAAGCUGGUGUUAAAGCAUUUAAAGAUGCAAGACAAAAUGUUGCUGAAGUUAAAUCAUCAAAUACUUCAGAAGAAAAUAAUUCCAAGGACACUAUGUUUUCAAAUGAUGAAAGGAAGUUGCAGCAUAAAGGAACUAUCAUCAGUGGUCAGAAAGAGAAAGAAGUCAAAAUAUUGGCAAAGAAACCACUAAAUAACUCAAAAGAAAAAUUGGGCAACGUGGAGCAUGGACCCAAAGCAGUGAACAUUCCAAAUUCUCCAUCGAAACCUUCUAAAAACAAUUCUGUAGUUUCAUCUCCACACCAGAAGAUACCUGCUGAUCCAACAAUGAAAACGCUAAGUCAAACCAAAAAAGGAGAAGGGUCCAAUAGCUCAUUUAGUGGUAAUAGUGAUGGGGAAGAAAUGCUUGAAGAAGAGAAGGAAUAUUUUGAUGAUAGCACAGAAGAAAGGUUUUACAAACAGUCUUCCAUGUCUGAAGAUAGUGAUAGCGAUGAUGACUUCUUCAUUGGGAAAGUCAGACGGACACGAAAGAAGGAAAGUAGCUCCCAUUCUUCCACUGCGGAACCAAAGAAACCAAAAACACUGUUGUCUGAAGAAGAAAUACUCAAAACCCACUGCGACAUAAAAGAUGAUAAAAACAAGCCAAGUACAGAAUCUAGGAAGUUUGAAUCAGUAUUUUUCCAUUCGUUAUCUGGAUCUAAAAGCUUCAGAAGAAGUUCCAAAGAACCGGCUACCACAAACAAAGCCCCAGACUUGCAACAAAGUGAACAUCAGAUCAAGAAUCAAUUUAAUAAAAGUAAACAAAGAAGAUUUGACAAUGCAAAACCACAAUUGCAGCUGCCGCUUCAUCCUUCAUGGGAAGCUAGCAGGAGGCAAAAAGAACAGCAAUCUAAGAUUGCUGUAUUUCAGGGGAAAAAAAUUACAUUUGAUGAUUGA